CUUUUCCCCUACCUCUGAGGCUGCGGCGCGGUGGGAGUGAGAUCGCGGGUGGACCUCUCCGCACGCCACAGCUUCUGACACUGGGGCCGUGCAGGCGUCUGAUGGGACAUGGCGACCUCGGGCAGCGAGGACCCCCAGGGCCAGAAGGAGGAGAGUUUUCUGUACUUCGCUUAUGGCAGCAACUUGUUGACGGAGCGGAUCCACCUCCACAACCCGUCGGCUGUGUUCAUCUGCGUGGCCCGCCUUCAGGACUUUAAGCUUGACUUUGCUAAUCCCCAAGGCAAAACAAGUGAGACUUGGCAUGGAGGUAUAGCCACCAUUUUUCAAAGUCCUGGCGAUGAAGUAUGGGGAGUAGUAUGGAAAAUGAACAAAAGCAAUUUAAUUUCUCUGGAUAAGCAAGAAGGGGUUAAAAGUGGAGCAUAUGUCCCAAUAGAAGUUAAUGUUUACACUCAAGAAGGAAAAGAAAGAACCUGUCGAAGUUAUCUGGUGAAAAAUUAUGAAAGUGUGCCCCCAUCACCCCAGUAUAAAAAGGUCAUUUGCUUGGGUGCAAAAGAGAAUGGUUUGCCACUGGAGUAUCAGAAGAUGUUAAAUGCCAUAGAACCAAAUGACUACGAAGGAGAAGUCUCAGAAGAAAUUAAAGACAUUAUCAAAAAGGGAGAAGCAAAAAUUCAUCGGCAGUAGAAAAUGCAGAUAUUUUCUCUAUACUAACAUAUUUCUAAUGUUUAGAACAGAGAUCUGGGGUAUCUCUAUGUUUAAUAUAUUUUUAACAGUGCUCCAGCAUAUCCACUUGAGUAAUUCCUUGUUUUCAGACUAACUUCUAACCCAGUUUCUUUCUAUAAACAAUUGAGAAGGGAGCCAUGAGGCACUGGAGUGUAUGACAAAGGGAUGUGGGUACUCCUUCCAUGAAAGUUAUUUUCUUGAGUUGAUCUGAAGUAUAUUCUUGCUCUGUGACAAAGGACAGAUUUGCAACUUAAAGACUGUGCUGGCUAAUCGCCCUGCUCUGGGAUUUUUUUUUUUUUAAUCAGCUUAAUAAGAACAAGGAAACUACACAGGCAGUUGAUAAUAAAAAUUUUUUAAUUUAAAAAAUGGC